AUGACCGAGCAGCAUAGUAAUAAGGAAAUCAAUCACACCGACUUCUUAGUCAGUGACUUAAGGAAUCUGUAUCUAAGCGACAAAUUUUCUGAUGUUGUUUUAAUUGUCGAUGAAGAACGAUUGCAAGCCCAUCGUGCUGUUUUGGCAUCUCGCAGUGAAUAUUUUGGAUCCUUAUUGCAUGGUAAUUACAUAGAGUCCCAUAAUUCUGAGGUGAAUAUUAAAGAAGCAUCAGCAUUCUCAUUCAAAAUACUUCUAGAGUAUAUUUAUACCGGUCGGAUGAGUUUAGAUAAUCUUGAGGAUGAAGUUAUUUUGGAAUUAUUUACUAUUUCGGAUUACUUUAGUUUUCCAAACUUACAAUAUUCACUGUCCGAGCAUUUGCGGCGUAACAUUAGAAUAAACAAUGCAUGUUCGAUGUUUACUGUGGCAAGACUUUAUCAACACAAACAACUUGUAUUCGAAAUACUCGACUUUAUCAUAACCCACGCUUUGGAUGUAUUGCAAUCUAAAGAUUUUCUGUCUCUGUCAGCCGAUGCUCUUCAGGAAAUUCUCAUUCAUGACUCGUUUUGUGCGGACGAAAUUGAUAUAUUCCGGGCGGUUUUUCGCUGGAUCAAAGAGAAUCAAUACGACCCACAAUCUGAUGCAAUAAGCAAAGUCUUAUCAACUGUCAGAUAUCCGCUAAUGAGUAAUGUAGACCUGUUUGAGGUUUGGAAUUCACAACUGGUUAGUUUUGAUACAAUUUCGGCUGCAAUGCACUUAAGAGACACGGGGCCACCACAUAUACUUCAAUUUCGAGGCCAGCUAAAACCGAAUGUGAAUCUUGCUGAUCGUUCUCAAGAUUUUCAGAUUAUGAGUAACGUUGUCGGAGGUGCUAUCAUAAAGUUGGGACAUCCAUCAAUCAUAAACCAUAUUGAAAUGGUAUUUUACGAUAUAAAUUUAGGGGAUUUCAGUUAUAUCGUUGAAAAUUCAAUGGAUGGGCAACAUUGGUGGUGUGUUAUUGAUCAUUCAAAUUAUAUUUUUCGUUCAAUUCAAGAUUUAUGGAUUCAUCCUAGCGUAGUAGUGUCAUAUAUGCGUGUACGUAGAACCAAUAGUACAGUUAAAACGACUAUCAAAUAUCUUGAAAUCUCGUAUAACACAAUAAAAAAGAACUUGGUGGAAAUAGUAAACGGAUUUGUAGUUCCAAAGGAAAAUGUUGCUUUAUUACUUAAGGGUGCAAUUGUAAUCGAUGGAUUUAAGAAUCUCAACUUUUAUCAUUUAUUGAGUGGUGGGUACUACGAUGGUUCUGAAGGAUAUACGUGGCAUUGGGUGGGAUCCGGUUGUAUACUGGUUCAACUCGCCCAACCUUACGUGCUAAGUUCAAUAAGGAUGUUGCUUUGGGACCACGAUGACCGAGUAUACAUGUACACUGUUGAAGCUUCAGUCAAUAAGAACGAUUGGGAAAUUAUCGUCAACAAAUCUAAGGAGCCGACACGUUCUUGGCAGGUGUUGCAAUUUGAACCCAGGCCAAUUGUGUAUAUUCGUGUUACUGGCGUUUACAGUUCAGUAGGCUAUGAUUUUCGUUGUGUAUAUUUAGAAGCUCCUGCUCAAGUACCAUUAGAUUCCAACGUCGUCGAAGCCGGCCGUGAAGAAGAUAAUCUGAUAUCAGAAACAUUGGCUCAAAGUUCUGUUGCAUGA